AAACAUUUCCAUCUGUGAUUUAAUGACACAGUAUUUUAUAUGCUAGUUCGCACAUAUGUGUAAAAAAAGCAAUCGCUGUAUAGCGUAAUUUAUCAAAGGUACACUUCCGUAAUCAGGCUUCUUUUCCGCAGCGAAGAGUUUAUCUGCUAGUUAGCACCUUAGCAUGCUAAGCCAGCAGUUUCCUCUUCUAUCAGCGCACUGAGAGUCCCUUUGCCCGUUUGUUUCUCACCCAUAUGCCCCUGAAAACUAGUUAACGUGUAGAUGGGUGAUUAAAAUGUAUUUUAAAACGAGAUUGAACUGUUGUUUUAAAUCAUUAAUGUAGCAUAGCUUACUUGCAAGCGUCUGAGGUUUAGCCUGUUAGCGUUAGCAGCUGUAGUUUGAUUUUGUGCAGACGUAAAAUGUUGCAAACACGAAAUUUACCCAUGAAUUCUUGUUUAGCAAAAUACUGCUUUUUAGCCUUUCCGACCUGUCAUGAUUUACAGCUUAAUAAUCUUAUUAGGUGGUUAUAAGGGCAAGUUUUUCAUAAAGUUAAGUUGCAAAACUGUUGAAUUUAUUGGUGAAACGUCCACUGUAGUGUGUUUAAUUUCCAUUGUAACUAUAUACUUAACGUUACCAGGAAAAUCGCUGACAUGGAAACAUUAGUGCAUUGCCAUAAGUAGGUCAGCAUCAUAACAUCUAACGUAGCGUUUAUUUGGGUUGUGAUCCGAGUUAUUUGUACACGCUCAAUGGGGGCAGUGCUGGAUGGUUACUGUAUAGGUAAAUAUAGUAUAGUACAUGCUUAUGGUGCAAAUUGCUACAGUGUGCUAUUGGUGGAUUUAGUUUUAUAUCCUGCCCGCUAAUGUCCCAGUGAAUCCGUCCUCUCCAGAGUUUAGAUUGUCAAAGAUCAAAAGGACAGUAUGGCCACCACUGUCGCAGUCAGCCCCAGUGAAUAUCUUCAGCCUUCCACCACCACUUCUCAAGAUUCUCAGCCCUCCCCACUUGCCCUUCUGGCAGCUACUUGCAGUAAGAUAGGGCCACCUGCUGCUCAGGCCCCAGCCAGCACGCCACCAACUCAGCCAACCACACGCCGUCUCCACCCCAUCAAGCCCGCCCCCAUUGCUCCAGCUCCACCUAAAAACCUUGGGUUUCUCUCUGCGAAAGGGAACGUUAUCCAACUCCCUGCAGGCCUUGGUUCUUCAGGUGCCAGCCCUAUUGUCUUCACUAUUCAGAGUCCUUCGCGCCCAGCGGGCACAUCUACUGCCAACAUCCAAUAUCAAGUGAUUCCUCAGUUCCAGGGCUCACAGACCAUUCAGAUGAUGCCUCAGGGAGGACAGAUCCAGAUCAUCCCUGGAACCAACCAGGCCAUCAUCACCUCACCUAUGACCGUUCAGGCUACUACACCUGCCCCACCAUCUUUGGCUCAAGUCAGCCAGCAGAAGACAGUGGCUAUCAAGCCAUCUUCACAAAAGCGUCGGCAGAAUAAUGCCAACUUAUAUAAUGCCAAUGUUGUACGACUUCCGAGCGGACUCACGCUGCCUCUCAAUGUUACUACAAGUGAUGUGGGAGGAGCUCAGGUUGUUACAGAGACUGCAGUUACUCCAGUAAAGGGCAAGAGGGGAAGGAAGAGACAGUUGGCUGUAGCCCCCUCCACCCCUGCCCCUCAACCAGCCUCACCGCCACCUGUAGCUGAGCAGGUAGAAGCGUUGCUGAUAGAGACCACAGCUGACAAUAUCAUUCAGGCAGGGCACAAUCUCCUGAUAGUACAGAGUCCAGGUGGAAAUCAGCCUGCUGUUGUGCAGCAGGUGCAGUUGGUUCAGCCGAAGCCUGAGCCGCAGGUUGUUCAGAUUCCCUCGCAGGCUCUUAAAGUGGUACAAGCUGCCUCUGCCACACUUCCCCCUGUACCCCAAAAACAUACACCCAGUGUGCAGGUGUCCCCCCCAGAACCCACACAGGUGCUGAUUAAAACAGCCUCAGGUGAAUGGCAAGCUGUACAGAUACAAGAGACCACGGUUACCACGCCAACCACGUCCCCCAGCCACUCCACACCUGCAAUGGUCACCAAGAAGGCUCAAACAGGAACGCGAAAAGAGAGGACGCUCCCUAAGAUUGCUCCGGCUGGCGGGGGUCUGAUAACAUUGAAUGCAGCCCAACUAGCUUCUGCUGCUCAGGCUGUUCAGACCAUCAACAUUAAUGGUGUCCAGGUGCAGGGGGUUCCUGUUACUAUCACCAAUGCUGGGGGUCAGCAGCAUCUGACAGUGCAGACAGUUCCAGGUGGUGGUCUGCAGCUGGGCGGUAUGCAGACACAAACUCAAACAAUGCAAAUGGAGCAAACACAGACACUCGCACUAGAACUGCAGACUCAGCCAGGAGAGAAAAAACGGCGCAUGGCCUGCACCUGCCCAAACUGCAAAGAUGCAGAAAAGAGGCCUGGAGAGGUGGGCAAGAGAAAACACAUCUGUCACAUAGCAGGUUGUGAAAAGACCUUCAGAAAGACUUCGCUGCUGCGGGCACACGUACGGCUGCAUACAGGCGAAAGACCCUUCGUAUGCAGCUGGGUUUUCUGCGGAAAACGUUUCACACGCAGUGAUGAGCUGCAGCGACACGCCAGAACUCACACAGGAGACAAACGUUUUGAGUGCAAUAAGUGUCAGAAACGUUUCAUGCGGAGUGACCAUCUCACGAAGCAUUACAAAACACACAUCAACACAAAGAACAUGUGAAUACAGGGUUUCAAAAACUUUGAGGGAGAAAAAGAAAAUCCCUUAUACCGGGGCUUGAAGGAUUAAAGGAAACAAAGAAGUCAACCCCUCCUUCAUGUGUACGACAUGGCUCUGGAAAAUCGCCUGUUCAUACCAGACUACACUCCUGCUGUCCCCUUUUAUUACUCAUCCUCAUUGUCAGAGGAAGGCUGGCAGGCCACACAGGAUUGGUGUCUUGGAUGAUUUCUCUGUAAUAAGCAGUGGAGAAGGAUGACUGUUCAAUAUGAAUUUUAGCACCAACAGGCACUCCAGCCAAAAUAGAAGAUCCUCCAUAAUUUACUAUUUUUCACAUGUAUGCGUUUCAUUUUAUGUCAAACCCCCUUACAUGUGUAGCAGCUAUUGGACAGUGUUUUCUGGCUUUUAUUGUGUAAAUGUGUUUGUUUUCAUACAUACAAACAUACAUUUGUACAUACACUGGCACAGUUGAAUAUAAAAAUAAUGCUUUGGACAAACUCUUUAACCCAGUUAAAUGAAUUUCAGUUGUUGAAUGACUUUUAAAAAAAAGUCUAAUUUUAAAGUUUAAGUGGAAGCUUGAAACUUUUGUUACUUGGUACUUUGGUUGAUUGUUUUUUUAAUAUUAGAGGUGGUUUGGAAACUUUUUUGGCUUUUACAUUUCCAGGGUUGGACAAUCAUGUCUUGUGUACAGAGGAGUUAAGGUAAAUAUAUUGGGAUUUACAGCAGGUGAUAGGAUGGUGGUUUAUUAACCAUACAAAAUAAGGAAUAAGUUAUCUAAACUUAUUAAACUAAUAUUAGUGCAUAUGUGUCUUUGUUGAAAGAUCGCUGAUGUAUUCAUGCAAAAUUGUAGAUAAACAAGAAUUUGUGUUUAUUUUCUGUUGUGGACUCAAAGCAGGCGGACAUUUCUUUGGUGAUGGAAAUGAAAACCAGUUAAAAUGUUUUUAUUUAAUCUAAGGUACAGGUACACCAGCUAUAGGCUAGUUCAAUUUAGUCAUUCCAUUUUAAGGAUUUGUCCAAGCUCUCUACAAGAGGCCUUAACAUGAAAAAAUAUCUGUGCUUAUGUAUGUUUGUAUAGUGUCUGAAUUCAUACUGUUGUAUUCGGGUGUAAAAUGUAGGAUAAUUGUUACACAAAUGUGUAUUGGCUGGUGUUGCCGAACAUAAGAUGUGGACUGUGUACAGUGUAAAUGAGAAGGAAAAAACAUCAUUGUAUAUUUUCAUUCCUAUUAUACGCAAGACUAAUAGAUGACCCUUUUUAUUGACUAAAAGAUGCCUUAGUCUGCAGCACGCCAUAUUUAAAGAGAUUUGUCCUUUUCCAGAGAACUGCAUUUGUAGACCUGCUUUAUUUUUGUGUCUAAUUUAUAAAGUGUUAAGAAAUGCCAAUUUAUGUGCACUGACCAAAUUCAGGGUUUUUGCUGAGUGGAUAAUUUAAUUAUUUGGUUCAUGUACCUACAUUUGAUUUGACAGAAUCGACAAGUUCUUUAUCUAUCCUUUAUAUAUACCCCACAUUUAAAGAGCCCUGGCUUUGAAAAUUGGUAGAUAAACCUGUGUUUGUAUUACUUGUAUUGAGGAGCUUAGAGCAGAAAACUUGCUAUCUUUUUCUACAGUCAGACCACCUGUUCCACUCACCUAAUAAAGCUUAACACAAAACA